AGUGACAUGUGCCCCACAGUGGAGAACUGCACCCCAGUCGCCCGGUUCCUCCUGCUGGGGCUCACGGAGCAGGCAAGGCUCAAGGGCAUCCUGUUUGUGCCCUUCCUGUUCGUCUACUUGGUCACCCUCACGGGCAACCUGGCCAUGAUCACCCUGAUCCACACAGACCCACAGCUCCACACGCCCAUGUACUUCUUCCUGAGUGUCCUCUCCUUCAUAGACUCCUCCUUCUCCACGGUGAACACCCCCAGGCUGCUGGAGAGCUUCCUCACCUCAGGCCAGUCCAUCUCCUUUGCAGGCUGUGUGGUCCAGAUGGCCCUCAUGACUCUCCACGGUACGGCCGAGUGUCUGCUCCUGGCCACCAUGGCGUAUGACCGAUUCGCUGCCAUCUGCCACCCUCUCCUCUACCACACCAUCAUGUCCCAAAGUCUGUGUGUCCAGCUGGUGGCAGCCACCUAUACGGCUUCUGCGGCCAUUUCAGCUUUGCUGACUGGGUACAUCUUCAAGCUGCCCUACUGUGGUCCCAACAUCGUUAACCACUACUUCUGUGACCUCUCCGCUGUGCUUCAGCUUGCCUGUGCAGACACUGCUGAGGUUGAAUUCAUCAUCUUCUCAUCUUCUGCCAUGAUUAUCCUCUUUACCAUCACCAUUAUCCUGGUCUCCUAUGCCUACGUGCUGGUGACUAUCUGCAGGAUGCGUUCCCUUAAGGCUCAGAGCAAAGCGCUCUCCACCUGUGCUUCCCACCUCACCGUCAUCUGUCUCUUCUAUGGCACCAUCACCUUCAUGUAUACUCAGCCACGCUCUCCCAGUUCCAUGGAACAGAACAAGGUUGUGUCUGUCUUCUACACUGUGGUCAUCCCCAUGCUGAACCCUCUGAUCUACAGCCUGAGGAAUAAAGAUGUGAAGGCUGCAUUAAAGAGGAGAUGCUUUGGCAUGCUGCCUUCCUAA